AUGGACGUCGUCGGCAGUGAAAUUGGUCAAAAAAUGCGAUCAGCCAUAAAGGCAAAACUAACAGAAUUGGGCUGUUAUGUUGAUGAUGAACUUCCUGAUUAUGUGAUGGUGAUGGUAGCAAACAAAAGGACCCAAACACAGAUGGAAGAUGACCUUCAGUUGUUUCUUGGAGACAACACUGAAUUAUUUGUAAACUGGCUGCACCAAGUAUUAAAGAAACUGCAGGAAGUGACAGUUGUACCUCUAAAAAAUGAUAAAGAGGGAAAGAAGGAAAGAUCUAUCUCAAAGGAAAGGAAAACAAAAGAUAAAAAAGACAAACAGAAAUCUAAAAAAAGUGACACCAUAAGAAAAUCAAAGAAGAAAGAUAAAGAAAAGUUGCAUUUUAACAAAGAAGAAAAAAAGAGUCAUAAAAGUAAAAAAGAAAAAAAAAGUAAAAGCCAUGAAAGGAUUCGGCCUAAUGUCCCACCUUUACUAAUGAAUUUGGAAAAGGAAUCAGAGCCAUCUAUAACUGAUGUUUUUGCUGGUCAAAUCCUUAAGAAUCAUGGAGUUUCACUUGACAGCUUUAAGGAUGAUAUCAAGGCGGUUGAUACUAAACCUAUUUUAGAAAAGAGACCAAUUGUACCCAUAAUAGAUCCAACAACUAUUCUUAGCGAUUUACCAGUUAUCAAUACCAGUUUAAAAAAUUCUGACCUAAAUGAAAAUGAUGCUCCCAGAGAAAGCCAAUUAAAAGAAAUAAAUGAAAUAGAAGCAAAGAUCCAAGGCCUAAAACAAAAAUUAGUUGAACAACUUGAUUCAAUGUCUGAUGAUGAAGACUUUUUAAAUAUCCGUACUGAAGCCGAAGAACUUAUGAAUGACUUUGCAGAGGAUGUCUUUCAGGAAGUAAACCAACCAAGAACAAAAAGUAUUAGCAUGGGCCAGAAAAACCUUGAAUCCGAAGGUCCUCCAAAGGAAACCCUAAAAGCCCCAGAAAACCUGCCUACAAUCGCUCCACAACCUAUUGAAAAGUCCCCCCAAACUCCUACAGAAAAUUUGAAAGAAACCCCUAGAAAACCCAUUGAAGUUCUCCCUCAAAUAGAACUCAAUCUCCCAAAACGUCCCAUCAGAGAAAGACUAGGUGCUCGAGACCUUAAGAGGCCAGAUGUAAUGGAAACAAACAAACAAAAAUCAAGUCCAGAAAGCUUCACACCAGAGAGGGAAAUUGAAAAGCCACUAAAGGUCAUUGAAAAUCGUCCUAGAAGCCAGGCUGAGAAGACACCUUCGCUUACAAACGAAAGCCUAGAAAGAAAUGAUGUUACUACAAAAAAAUUAACAUCCAAAGUAUCAACGCUAGAUCGUGUUGAACGUACAUGCGCGUCAGUUGUGCGGGUGCGUCCGAGGCCACGUGCAUGCGCAACUGCUUCCAACUUAUUACUACGCGCUGUUGCAGAUGCACACAAGAGUUUGCUCAAUAUACCACCAAAAGUUCAACCUGAACCUACUAAAGUAAAACGGGCCUUGGUUCUGCCUAUGCGCCGCUGUGUCGAUCCAAAAAAGAUAGUCAUCCAAGUGGCAGCUGACACUCAGUCUACCCACGAUGAGACCGACUUAGAUCGUGUGGAAACUAACAAAAUAUCACAGAGGUUUGUAAGUAAUACCAGACAAAAAGAGGAAUAUUUACCACUUCCAAUCACCAAAAAAAUCACAAACACAGAUUAUGUACCAAGUCGCACAGCUAGUCGAAAAGAUGAUUCACUCAUUAUUGAGACCAUAAACAUACAUAAUCCAACAGUAGAUAAAGAUAAAGACACACAAUUCAUCGUCACUAUGGACGGCUAUCAUCCAAACGCAUUCCUUGCGAAAAAACUAAUGACUGAAGGAAUUCUAGAUGACGACGAUGAAGUUACAAAUCUUGAAGCAAAAGCUAAAACCAAACAAAUAAAAGAAGUUUGUGUCAAAAAUAAUACUGAAACAAGUCAAAAAGAGGAAGACAUAGAAAUGAACCCUGUAGAUGAAAGUGUCAAAGAGAUAAUUUUAGAAGUUAAAGAAUCAAAUAAAUCUUCAGAAACUUUAGACAAGAAACACGAAGCUAAAAACAAUCACAAAGAUACAAAAACUGAAUCACCACCUUGUUCAACAAUAAGUCAAAAGAAAAGAUUAAGUAAUACAAGCGAGGAUAGCGACACACAAGUUAUAAUAAAAAGAGAAGAAGAGAAAGCGGAGAAAAGAAAAAGUGAUGUGGUUACAAAUAAGAAAGAGAUAAACAUACCAGCGCCAAAAAGGAGGAAGGCCUCUCCAAUAGUCUUUGAUGUUGAGAAGAAAGAAAGAGAAAGGGAGAGAACCCUAAGUGCGAGUAGUGACAGUCAUGUUACACUAAGCACGGUUACGAAUUCAAAUAAAUACGAUGCAGUACCUCCACUAUCACAAGCAUCAACACAAGACCGGAAAACGGUAUGGUGCCGUUCGUUCCCCCUUUGCCGGUACGGCUCUUCUUGCGUGUUCAGUCACCCGCGGUGCAAGUUUGCCACCAGCUGUACUCGGCGAGGUUGCGUCUAUUCACACCCGACUCCACCUGUUGUUGCGUCCCAAAUAGUUCCGGCCGCCAAUUACAAGUCAAUAGCUACAAUACCGAGUAUGUGCAAAUUCUACCCUAACUGCGUGAACCCUGGUUGUCACUAUUAUCAUCCUAAACCCUGCCGCUUUGGAAAGGCUUGCGCGAACAAACUCGAGUGCAACUUCUAUCACACAGAGGUGCCCACUAAGAAGUUCUCUCUGUAA